AUGUGUCUCCCAUUCUCCUCCAAAAAACACACCUACCAAGAGAAGCCGAAUCCCUACGGACCACGACUAGCUAUGAACUACGGUCGCGGUUACGGUGCCACAGGAACUAGUCACUGGGGCAGCUCCCGCCCAUCUCGCGGAUAUCGUAGCAGCCGUCAUCACUACGGAGCUACACCCGGCUUCGUCUACACCGGCGGCGACGGAGGUGGUGGCGGUGGAUUCUUCGGCGGCGGCGGCGAUGGUGGAGGCGGAGGAGGAGGUUGCGGUGGAGGUGAUGGCGGUGGUGGCGGAGGUGGUGGUGGAUGCUAG